GCAGGGCUCGGCCGUCGCUCUCAGCCGGUGGCAGCGGGUCGGCACGGCGCGGUCCGUCUGGCCGUGGGGCUCCCGAGCGGCGGCUGCGGGUCGGGGCGGUGCCGGGCUCGUCUCCUGCCGGCGGGGCCGCCUUUUCCGCUGGGUGUCACUCUGGGGUGGGAAAGGCGCUCUCAAAAGCCGAGGGGCGGGAGAAGCCCUCCGCCACAGCUCCGCUCCGCUCCGACCGCGCUCCCAACACGCCGCACCACGGGCGGCCGCCGUUGCGCUCGCUGCGGGCCGGGGCGCUGCGCCUCGGGGCCGGCGCCGGGCGGAGGGUGCUGGGCUGGUGCCGGCUGCGCCCCGAGCGCUGCCCCCGCGGGAGGAUGCUGGAGAGCGGCUGCAAGGCGGUGAAGGAGGGCGUGCUGGAGAAGCGGAGCGACGGGCUGCUGCAGCUCUGGAAGAAGAAGCGCUGCAUCCUCACCGAGGAGGGGCUGCUCCUCGCGCCCCCCAAACAACCGCCCCCACCGCAGCAACAGCAGCAGCAGCCGCCGCCGCCCGCGGCGCCCAGCGCCGAGCCCACGGCCAAGAUUAAGGAGCUACACUUCUCCAACAUGAAGACGGUGGACUGCGUGGAGAGGAAGGGCAAGUACGUGUACUUCACGGUGGUGAUGGCCGAGGGCAAGGAGAUCGACUUUCGGUGCGCGCAGGAGCAGGGCUGGAACGCGGCGAUCACGCUGCAGAUGGUGCAGUACAAGAACCGCCAGGCCAUCCUGGCCGUGCGAUCCACCCGGCAGAAGCAGCAGCACCUGGCGCAGCAGCCCCACGGCCCGCGGCUCCGCAGCGCAUCCAACUCCGCCUAACGCCGAUCCCAUCCCAUCCGCGCUGCGACCGCACUGACAACGCGGGGCACACAGCGCGGAGGGACCCGAAGAGCAUCAUCCUUUUUAUUUAUGGACCUCGGGACGGAGCCUCGGGUGUGACGGGACUUCGGGGAGACGUGAUGUACUGUAACUUUAUUUUAAUGUCUUUUAUUUAUUAGGUUGUGGGUUUUUUUGUUUUUUUCUUUUUGUUUGUUUGUUUUUUUCUGAGGCUUGUUUGUAAGGCAUUUCUGAAUGUAGGCCGUGGCCAAAAAGCAAAGGAAGGAGUGAUGUGUGUGUGCUGGCUGCCUAAGGAAGCGCUGUGUAGUUUGGCCGCAUGCAACGUGAUAAAAGAUUUCUUCAUUUGUGCCCCAAAUACAUUGCAUUGAACACGGGGCAUGCGGUGUGUGGUUGGAACAUGGCUGGGUCCUGUGCUGCCUGUGGCGACUCUUCUCUCCAAGGAGAAGAACAAUUAGGAUUUAAUCAUUUUCUUUCAAAACAUAUAAACACACAAUGGCAAAUGACAGCGCUCAGUGAGAGUCAUGGGUGGUGGUUGCCGGGAGAUGAAACCCAUCUGAUGGGUGUGUGAGCCAUUGGGGCCCAGCCCCAUCUCCAUGGUGUGGGCUCACAGCUGGGCUCUACCUCAGGCGGAGAACUGGGAGCGUCCCUCAGCUCUUGGGGCUCCCCAUGAGUGUGCUGCAGGCUCUGCACCUCGGUUGGGUUCUCAUGGCAGCGUUUAAAUGUCUCGUGUUAAAGCAGCAGCCCCUAGUUUAAAAUUCAUCCUCUGUUUGUCAUAGUGAUCAAAUGGAUUAUUUCAGUCACCGUUCCAUAAGGUGGAAGUUGCUCUAUUGGUAUUUAGGGCUGCCAGGGGCGUGUGACCUAAAAGUGCUGACGAAGCCAUGAAGUUGGGGAAUAAAGGCACAUCCCAUAGGGUCUGUUGGCAGCUUGCUGUGGGGAGUUGCCGGCCCUGGGUGCUGUGCAGGACGGGGCUGAGCUGGGGAGCAGGGAGCAGCAUGGCCUGGCCUUGUUGUGGGCUCAAGGCUGUUGGUAACUGAUGUAUGAGGAGAACAGCAGCGAUCUCCUUUACGAGUGUAGUAAACGUAAACAAGAACUCUUAAAGCCAUGCAUCCAGGACUUCUCUGUUUGUGUAACUGAGACACGGUCUGUGUGUAAAACCCCGCAGUCUUGUGGUGCGAGCUGUUCUCUGAGCGCUCAAAGGCAAAACUCUGAGGUGACAUUCACAGGGAGAAAUCAGAACCCGCUGCUGCACAAGGUGGUCCUUUAGGGCCCACUGCACACCCUCAGCUCCAGCUCAGCCCCAUAAGGAGCAAAUGGCUAUCUCUUAUUGUCCUCCUCCUCUACCCCUUGCCACAGGUGUGCACAUUGCAUCCCUGAACAGAGACCUGGUUCUGAGUCCUGCCCGCUCAUCUGUGCUUGGCCCUGCGAUGGCCUUGAAAACACUACCAAGUUUUGGGGGCAGGUUACAGCUGUCUUAACAGAGCUGUCACUUCGGGACUAAUUGAAGUCGAAGGUGCCCUGCAUCUUCUAGGAUUAGAAUCGCUGUCUUGGCAGUCACAAUAGCCAAUUUCCACAUCUCUGUACAUCUGCCAUUAUCAUUCUGCUAAUGCUUGGAUGUUAGAGCUGCGAGGGGAUUCUCUAAUGAGCUACUCAGAGACUUAAAAAUAGGCUGUAAUUUGUAAUUUGGCUCCUCUCUUCAGUCGUUAAUUACGGUGUACUGAGCAACUAAUCCACCUUUCCAGAUAGACGUAUUGCUGGUAGCUCACUUACUAAAAUGUGUUAGACUCCUGAAGAAUAAAUGUACAUGAUGAAGAAGGUUCCUACGUGAUCAGAGAUAUGCAUAUUUCUCUGGCGGAGGCAGGUAGCCAUGUCCUGGGUGGACACAGACCACCUGAGUUCCACCAGAGGCCAUAGAUCUGCUGUAAAGCUGAAAUGUCACUGCUCUUCUGGAAAUGUUUGCAGUUUGAAAACGAAAGAUGACAAUUUCAGUGAUGUAAUUGAGACUGAAGGUUGAAAAAGCAAAUGAAAUUGAAAAUGUCGAGGUUGAUGGUUCAAGGUCAAUGUUGUAUUUCACCUCAGGCUUCCUGUUUGAAGUUGCUUUGAAGGAUGUUCUCCGAGAUCCAUUUGGACUGACGAGUUCACUGACAGACUUUUGCCUGUUGCCGUUGCCCACUGCGCUGCCUUUGUGAAACUCUGGAGUCAGACAGUCACGUCACAGCAUCCACCUCGAGCUGUGCCCAUGUCUCAGCCUGAACCAAAGGGCCAAGUACACUGAGUGUCUCCUGGCAACUCCACUCCUGCUGCAAACCAAAGGGAAGCGGAUCAGCCAGGGUCCCUUGGGGACAGCUGCACUGUGUGGCCGUGUCAGCAUUAAGGAGGCUGCAUGGUCUGACGUGGUCAGCCUCAUUGCUUUCUCAUGCUCUAAACUCCCCAGUGUCCGUGGCUGAUGGCCAUUUUAGACCCAGAACUGGUUUGAUGUUAUUGCAGUGAGAUAGCUCUGGUUUUUCGGCUUCCCUCUGUUCCACUGCACAGUCUUCAUUGGAGCUGCACAGUUAAGAACUGUCUGUCAUGCCUCAUAGGAAAAGGCUGUGACAGCCAUCUGAGAAGAUUCUUCACAAGAAAAGGAGUCAUUAUCCCCUUGUGCAAAGGAAAACAAACUAAUGCACACAGACGGUGUAUGGUUGGUGUAAAUUUAUCAGAGAUUGAACAACGAUGCUUGUAAAACACAUAUGGCGGAAUGCUUGGUAUAGGUAACAAAAUUGUUGACAAUUGUCAAUCAGAAGGUUGAAACUGUAUGUCUUUAGUUAAAAAAGAAAAGAGUGAUCAAGGGGCAAGAUGCAGCAAGAAAAUUCAAGCUGUGGUGACUGUUUUGUACCAAGAAAAUAUAGAAAUUGGGGGGGAGAAAGAACGAUCAAAUGGAUGUUGUCCAUGGGACACCCUGAAGUGAUUCCUCUCUUACGGCUCGCGGUAUGCACAUGCCAGCUUCGGGGUUAUAGCUGCGGCCAUGUACCAAAUGUUUUCUGGCAUAACCUAUUGUGAGCAGAAAUGUCGGCGUCAUCAAAAAACCUGUGUGUAAAUAUGACUCAUAAAUGAUUUCCGGGAGAUGUGAUUUAUUUUUCAUAUUUUUCAAGAUGCAUUCCAUUUCAAAUAAAGAGGUAUCUAUUGAAAGAA